AUGCUCCACCAGGAACCUCAAGCUCGCUCGACUUCGAGUCUGCCGUACGCGACAGCUUUUCAAAUGCCUGCGGCCCCAAUGAUAUGGGUUAAUGGGUAUCCAGGCUCGGGAAAAUUCACUGUCUGCGAAGUGAUAAGACAGCUUGUGCCAGACGGAGCCAUCAUCCUAGAUUCUCAUAAACUCAUCGACCCCGUCGAGGUCAAGUUUCCGCGACUACAUCCCGAUUAUCAAAAAGAACGACAUAUUUAUCGCCAAGCCAUAUUUAAACAACAUGUAUACAACAAAGACGCGCUCUCUAAACUAGUCGUGUUCACGGACUUUCAAUCAAAUAAUGCUCUUGGCCGAGAUGUGGCGACUGAGUAUAAAAUAGCUGCUCUAGAAUCAGGCAGGCCGUUUUUGCCGGUCUACCUGGUCUGCGACGUCAAUACGAAUCUCAAGCGUGUCAACACUAUCGAGCGUAUCGAUAGUGGGACGAAGAAGUUAACAAAUGUCGAAUUGGUCCGAGAGCUUCGUGAGAAAUGCGAACUUUUUCACUUCGACGAUUGUCCGGGGCUCACACUCGACUCGACAGGGGCAUCGCCGCUUGAGAUUGCCUCAAAGAUCCUUGAUUUUGUCGACAACAGCCGGCGUUCUUUUUAA